AUCCGGAAGGAAAACAAUCGAGCGAGAGCGAGGUGUGACAGACUUGCCGCCCGAGGGACAGUUUGGGCCUGGAUCAGCUGGGGCGGGGAGACGCUAGCCUGCCGGGCUCCCGCGUGGGAACAAUGGAGGCUGUGAACCCGCGAAAGCCGACCGGGCCGAAAGCCAUGAACCUCAGCAUACACGUUGUGACAUGGAACGUGGCCUCAGCAGCACCCCCUCUAGACCUCAAUGACCUGCUUCAGCUGAACAACCAGAACCUGAAUCUGGACAUAUAUGUCAUUGGUUUGCAGGAGAUGAAUGCUGGAAUCAUAAGCCGCCUUGCUGACACUGCAUUUGAAGACCCAUGGAGCAGUUUCUUCAUGGAUGUGCUUUCCCCUCUGAGCUUCAUCAAGGUCUCUUAUGUUCGCAUGCAGGGGCUCCUCUUACUGGUCUUUGCCAAGUGUCAGCAUUUGCCCUAUAUCCAGAUCCUCUCUACAAAAUCCACCCCCACUGGCCUCUUCGGGUACUGGGGGAACAAAGGGGGAGUCAACAUCUGCCUGAAGCUUUAUGGCUACUAUGUCAGCAUCAUCAACUGCCAUCUGCCUCCCCACAUGUCCAACAAUGACCAGCGGCUAGAACACUUUGACCGGAUCCUGGAGAUGCAGAAUUUUGAAGGACUUGAUAUCCCCAACAUCCUGGACCAUGACCUCAUCCUCUGGAUCGGAGACAUGAACUUUCGGAUCGAAGACUUUGGGUUGCACUUUGUUCGGGAAUCCAUAAAAAAUCGGUAUUACAGUGACCUGUGGGAGAAGGAUCAGCUCAGCAUUGCCAGGAGACACGACCCGCUGCUCCGGGAGUUCCAGGAGGGCCCCCUGCUCUUCCCACCCACCUAUAAGUUUGAUAAGAACUCCAACGACUAUGACACCAGUGAGAAAAAACGCAAACCUGCAUGGACCGACCGCAUCCUGUGGAGACUGAAGCGGCAGCCCCAGGCCAGCUCCCACACCCCCAGUCUGCUGGCCCCCCUCUUCUCCCUGUCUCUAAGGAGCUACGUCAGCCAUAUGAUGUACAGCAUCAGUGACCAUAAGCCUGUCACUGGUACCUUUGUCUUGGAGCUGAAGCCAUUGGUAUCUGCCCCGCUGAUCACCCUGAUACCCGAGGACCUGUGGACCAUGGAGAACAUGUUGAUCAGCUAUUCCUCAGCCCCAGACUUCCUCAGCAGCCCCUGGGACUGGAUUGGACUGUACAAGGUGGGGCUGCGCCAUAUUAAUGACUAUGUAUCCUAUGUCUGGGUCGGGGACAACCAGGUCUCCUCCAGUGACAGCCUGAACCAGGUAUACAUCGAUAUCAGCAAUAUCCCUGAGACUGAGGAUCAGUUUCUUCUCUGUUAUUAUAGCAACAAUCUGCAUUCUGUGGUGGGGAUAAGCAGACCCUUCCAGAUCCCGCCUUGCUCCUUUUUGAGGGAGGACCCACUGGGUGAAGCCCAACCACAGAUCUGAACUGUGAUGGGAGUGAAUCCAGGGCAGAGGCCAGAACUGGCAGCCAGCUCUGCUUUACCACUGCCAGGUGUGCUGGGGCCCAGCCCAGUCCCCUGCAGAGGCAGCCAAAUACCCUUCAUGUACCCACUUCCCAGAGUGAGCUCUAGCCAGACUCUUUUCUUCUUUCCAGUCCAGAUUUCUGGAAUUGGCCACUUAAAUACAGGUUGUUGUUGCUGCUAUGUGGGUGAAACCAGUUAGUUUGUCAACAGUGAAGACUUGGGGACAGUCCACCAGAUGUGGAAGGACCCUCCAGCCUGAAUGUCAUUUCUUGAUUUCCCCCCACACAUCCUUCCAGUCCCGCCCAAGCAGUCCUGCCAGGCACAUGCCCCAUCUGGCACAGGCCUGCAUUCUUGUCACACCAUUCUGGGCCUCAGGCUGCCUGGGAGGGGGAGAUGCUCACAUUUGUACAGGCUCCAUAGACUGGUUGGCACAAACAGCAUUGAGUUCCAGGAGAUUUGGCAUCUCAUAGCUUGUUCCCAUAAGGAAUAAGCAGAGGGUCUGGGAUCCCUGCUUUCAACAGAAGCAGUAUGACUAAGUGGGUGGCAUGAAGGGGUCCCUCUACCCAGGCUCUUAUGUAGUGGUUGUGAGCAGGUUAAUGAGGGUCUUUCUGCAGCACAACCUUCCCCAAACCCCAUGCAUAAGUCUGACCCAGGAAGUUUCAGGGCCUGAGAAGAGAGAAUUGGAAAUGACCCAGGUUAGCUUCUGCUGGUGGGUCAGGCCCCAUGCCUCCAAUCUGCCUUCUUAGAAGGGUUGACAAGUGGCAGAAGAGCUGCAGCCACAGACUUUCCCAGGAGGUUCUUGCCAGAUCAAGCUCAUCUAACCCAACCUUGUCUGGAGUCACUAGCCAGAAACUGCUCCUCUCUCUGGAUCCCCCAGGACCCAGAAGUUGGGGCAGUCAGAAAGGAGAGCCAGGAUCAAGACAUUUUGGAAAAUUUGGCCCUGAGGGUCUUCAGGGAGCACCCUCCAGGCACUGUGCGGAUACUGCCUGUCCCCACUCCAGACACUCACCUCCUGCCAGUGGUGACUCAAUGGCCUUUCUCCCAGGAGAAGACACCUCAGGAAGCCUGCUCAGUGAUUGUCAUGCCCAUCCUAUGACCUGAGAUUGAGAGUCACUCCAAUUGCUCUAUGUUCUACACUCCACCCUGGAGCCAUGUAUAUCAAGAACUGUCUGUCCCCUUGGCUUCUAGCAGGCUGUGGCUACCUGUGUUCGGUGUCUGUUACAUUGGAGGAUAAUUAGAAAUAUUGCUUUUAUACUUGUGUAUGGUUCUUUGAUGAUGGGGGUGAGGGAGGCACAUGGUGAUGAGCCCAGAACUCCUUGCUAGACUCCAGGGACAAGGGCCCUCUAGAUCCAGACUAGACUUUCGGUGUCGGGUUGGCAGAUGUGGCCAGGAUGGGAGUAGGAUGGGUUUCUGCAGUGGUGACCCUCUGGAUCCCUGGCCCAGGUGGGGAAUGCCAUCUAUGCUGUUGGGUGCUUAGUUUACUCUGCUGCUAAGUAGAAUGGAUUUCUUGGAACUGACAACCCUUGGAAAAGGUGCUUACUGUGCUCUUAGUGUCCACCCCUCCUCACCCACCACUCCCUCAAACCCUAGUCUUGUGCCUUGUUACUGGGUUAAGCUGUCCAAAGUGUCACCAUCUUUUCUUUCUGUCUCACUUCUCCCCAGAUCCUUCCUGCUAAGUUUUCCCCCAUGGUAACCGAUCCCUUCCCCCAACACACACACCUAGGGAGAUGUGAACCCCCUCACUUGCCUACCUUGUUCCUUCUCACAUGCACAGCCAUCAUGGGUGCUCCCAAAUAGCACCCUUCAUCUGGCAGACAGGGAAAACAGAAGUGGUGUGAUCCCUCCAAAGUUACACAAACAGCUGUGGUGUCAUGCAGGAAUAGAGUCUGGAGACCUGGGUUUGAUUCAGAGUUCGAACCUCCCCAACAUACAAAGGAGUCUCAGUUGUCUGUAAUGUACAAAUCUUGUACCUAUUCACAAGAUUACCGCGAGAGAACAAUUGCAAAAAACUACUAAUAAAGCACUGUGCCCACCUCCGCA